AUGAAGGAAAGAGAACCAGAGGAUGAUGGGAGCAGAAUGGCUGUCUGUCACUCGUCAUAUGAUGGUCGCACGAAGGCCCUUCCAAAAGGUGCAGAUCCACAACCUGUUGAUGGUCACAAAUGCCUAUUUCGUGCUAAACGUGGCAGGCAACAUAUCAGCACCAUAGUGAGAUGCUUUAUAAAUUGUGUUACAUCGAAAGAAGUGAACAAAUUCCAUUUGGCAUAUGUUUCGGUGCUGCGAGCUAAUAUGGAUAACUUGGAAAGGCGAAAGAAGACCGAUACAACAGCGAAGGCAAAGCCAUCACCAAAAAAGAGCAGUAAGGCGUAA